AUGCGCUUCACAUUUGUGGGUGCAGAAAUCACCGCGAAGGCAAACGCACCCGCCCACCGCCUUCGCCUCCCGCUCGCCCCGGGCUGGCUGCGCCCACCCCGCGCCGCUCCACGCGAGCCCGCCCGCCCCCCGGGGUGUCCCGCGGGGGAGCACGGCCCGCCCCACCGGCACCCCCGACCGGGCGGGCGGCACAACAGGUUGCGGAGGCGGCUGCGGGGCAGGAGCUGGCCCGGCGGAGGAUGCAGCCGCACUCCCCAGGGAGGGCGAACGGGGGAGCCCGGGAUGAACACCCCCACCCCGGCCUGUGGAGCUGGCAUCCGGAGAGAAGCGGCGGAGCUCCUGCCCGCUCCAGCCGGGGGCCCUUUGUUCUCGCCACCCAAGACGCCGCCGCCCGGCAGCCCCGCGCUCUCCCAGGCGGCGGCUCGCCCCACCGGGGGGGAAAGGCGCGGUCUGUCGCCCCCCGCUGCAGCGCCCUCCCUCGCUCCCUUCUCCCGCCGCACAAACCCGCUCCGGGCCACUGCCGAUCGCCCCGCGCCUCGCACACGGCACGGGCCCCCCGCCCGGGACGCCCCGCGGCGCUCAGCGCGGCGCCUCGCGGGGCGCGACCCCUCUCCCCCGAGCCCCCGCCAGGAGUGCGCCCGCCGGGGCUGCCCCGAGCGCCGCAGCCCGCCCGGGAAGGUCACGCCGCGGCGGCAGUCCCCGCGCCCCCGGCACCGCGGCGCCGGCAGGUGCCCGGCUGCCCCCCGCCGACCCGGGGAGGCUCCGCGGGGCGCAGCCGGUGGCCGCCGGAAAACCGCGUGGCGGCCCCAGCCGACGGCAGGGGGGCUCCGGUACCGCACGGCGGCCCCCACGGGGCACCCGAGACGGCGGCGGGGCCGAAGCGGGCGGCGGGGCCAUCGCUCGGGGGCCGCGAUCCGCGGGGCUCAACAGGCGGCGGAGUUUAGCGGCUCCCAGCGAGACGAUCCCGCCGUGUCGGGAGCCGGACACGGGGCUGAGGAGGGAGAGGCGACGCAGCCGAACCACUUACCGGAGCUCCGGGGCUCCGCCGUCCGCAUGCUGCCUCCGGGCGCCGCGCGAGAACCCGCUCCGCUCCCCGCCGGCAGCUCCGCUCCGCUCGCUCCUUCAGCCGCCGCCGCCGCGCGGGACCGCGCUCCGCGCGCGCCGCCGCCGCCACCCCUGCGCUCGCCCAGCGCGCUGCUGCUCGUUUACUCCGUCCAGCCCUUCCUGCUACCCCGUCCAGAGCCCCGAACUGAGAAAUGGAGAAACUGA